CAUUUUUAGCGGUCCUUUGGCCCCUUCAGCGCUGGGAUCCCGAAUUCUCUUGCCGCACCUUCUGUUACGCAUCGCAUAUUCCUGGUAAGAGGCUUUCUUCCAGUCUGUGCAAAGCCAGUCUCGCGAAGGAUCUUUCUUGAUGCUGCAUACAGCGCUCAAGUAGAUCUUGACCAGCAACCAAAGUAGAUGCGGUGCUAGCUACGCUUUUUGUGCCGUGUUCUAUGCUGACCUUUUAUUGUUGGAACAGUCUCAACUGCCAAUCGCGCCACGCCACUUCCUUGCCGCCUCUCAUUCUUGAAACGUUGCGCAGUAACGAUCCUUUGAUAGGCGAUUCGCUGUCGCGUUUGCGCCUCUUCAUUGAGCAAUCGGUACUAGGGUCUUGACUGCUUCUUUGUCGAAAUGACUGAAACGAUGGAGACUACGGAUCAACGGUCACGCGCGCGCGCUGCCAUGGAGACUACCGGGCCCGCAGAGCCCUCCAAUCCCAGCGAGAUUUCUGCGUCGACCGGUGGUGACCUAUCUCGGAUCUCUUCGCGCGCAAGCAUUGCUGUUGCGGACGGUGUGCCGCUAGAAGAAGCCGUUGACGACGAAGAUGAGGACGAGGAUGUCGAGGAAGCGGAUGAAGAAUACAUUGAUGUGGACCAUGACGACAUGAAUGAUUUCUCGUAUUAUUUCCGGAGAGCGCCGGCACAGCGUCAACGUACAGCAAUAGACGAGCUCCACCCGUUCGUCCAGGUGCUGACUGUGUCCAAUUUGGAGGACUGCAUCAGAGUCGAAGAAGCUUUCCCAGAACAUGAGCGAUGCUCGAAGGAAAAGUUUAUCUACCGCCUGACGAAAUGCCCGGAACUGUCUCUGGGUCUUUUCACUCUUCCAGUCCUAGAACCAGAAAAGCCCAAGCCUCGACCAGAGCUCGUGGCUCAUGUAAUUGCCACUCGCACCAAGGCUCCGCAAGUGACAGAUGCUGCGAUGUCGCUUCCUCCCGACUGGGAGACCCGGGGUAAGAAUAGCGACGACUGCGACGAGCUGGCACCGGGACACCAUGAGUGGGGUAGCACUAUAUGUAUUCACUCUCUGGCAGUUGUGCCGGAGCACCAAGGCAAGAAAGUCGGUUCUACAUUGAUGAAGUCAUAUAUUCAGAGGAUCAAGGAGGCCGAAAUCGCGGACCGAGUCGCGCUUCUGGCCCAUGAUGAUAUGAUUGGGUUCUAUGAAAAUCUUGGAUUCGAGAAUAGGGGCGCUAGUAAGUGCCAGUUUGGUGGUGGUGGAUGGUCCAACAUGGUCCUAGAAUUUUCAAAGACAUUGUGA